AUGCUGGCAGAGCCGCCGUUCAACAUCUUGGACAAUUUCAGCCGCGUAGACGAUGCCAUCGAUGUCAACGCGGAGAUCGCAGAUGCUAUUCUGGCCACAGGGCUUGCCUCCUUUGGCAUCCCAGCCAACCCCGAUGCGGCCGAUCCGCGUCAAAACUGGCACGGAACAGCAACGCCGUCUGAUGUCAACAAGGCGCACUCGACUAUUCGCCAGUUCUACCGGGACUGGAGCUCCGAAGGCAAAGCAGAGAGGGAGGUUUGCUACGAUCCCGUGCUGCAAGACCUGCGGGACGAGUUUGGCAAGCGAAAUGCCUCAGAGGCAGAGCCUCGGGUGUUGGUGCCUGGCGCCGGGCUAGGGAGAUUGGUGUUUGAAAUCUGUCAGGCUGGCUUUGCGGCCGAGGGCAACGAGAUCUCAUACCAUCAGUUGCUGGCCAGCAACUGGAUACUGAAUCACAGUCGGGGUCCCCACCAGCAUGACCUGUACCCUUUUGCAUUACAUUUCUCGAACCUCGUCUCCCGGGACCAGCAGCUACAGAAAGUGACAAUUCCCGACCGACAUCCUGGCGCUGCGAUGAUGGAAGCACAGGCCAAUCCUGCGACGCCCUUUGGGACGAUGAGCAUGUCGGCGGCGGACUUUGUGGUCCUCUACAAUCAGCCAUCUAACCGGGAGGCAUUUGAUGCCGUGGCCACGGUAUUCUUCAUCGACACGGCCCCCAAUCUGAUCCGAUACAUCGAGACCAUCCGACACUGUCUCAAGCCCAAUGGAAUUUGGAUCAACGUCGGGCCCCUUCUCUGGCAUUUUGAGGAUGGGAGCAACCGCGAACACCAGGACGGUGACCAUCCACAGGGCAUCGGGGAGCCUGGUAAUGUGGAGCUGACGGAGACAGAGGUGUUCAGUCUCGUGGAACGAAUGGGAUUUACGCUGGAGAAGCGACAGGCAGUAGAGGAGCGGCUUUUAUGUGGCUACAUCCAAGAUCGGGAGAGUAUGCUGCAGCCACUGUACAAGCCAUCCCAUUGGGUAGCACGGAAGAAGCAAGCAUAA